UUGAUAAGAUAGUAAAGACGAAUUAAUUGUUUAAAAACUCAGAAACAGUUUGUCUUUUGAAGGGUUUGCAGUUUGAGGUUUUUUUCUGUUUUGUAUGCAUCUGCUGCAUUUUCUUCCCUAUGACAAAAUUUCGGAAUAAAACCAAAAACUGUUUGUUGGUGAUGGUGUUGUUGUUUUCUUGUUGAUGAAAUCUCAGUCUUGUAGGAAAGAGACAACUCCAAAUCCGAUUUCAUAUACACAAAGCCUUAAAAUACACACCCAAACACCAACAAAAUACAAACAUGGCUUCUUCUUCUUCUUCCAAAACCUCAAUCCUCUUCACAUUUGUUUCUAUCCUUCUGUUUCUACCUGUUGUCUUCUCUCUACCCAAAAACGAAACCACUUUUAGGCCAUUGCAAGAGCUAAAGAAGCUAAAAAGAAUCAGAAAUCAUCUCAACAAGAUCAACAAGCCUCCAGUCAAGACCAUUCACAGCCCUGAUGGAGACUUGAUAGACUGUAUUCCCUCUCAUCAUCAACCAGCAUUUGAUCAUCCAAAGCUCAAAGGACAGAAGCCAUUGGAACCACCAUUAGAGAGGCCGAAGGAGGAUGACAAAUACUCCAUCGAUGAAACUAUCGAGACCUUUCAGCUAUGGACACAAUCCAACGAAUCCUGCCCAGAAGGCACUAUUCCGAUCAGGAGAACUACAGAAACCGAUGUUUUACGUGCAACUUCGCUCAAACGAUUCGGAAGAAAGAUCAUAAAGCCUGUCAGGCGCGACACAUCCAGUGGUGGUCAUGAACAUGCAGUCGCUUUUGUGAAUGGAGAUCAAUACUAUGGAGCUAAAGCGAGUAUAAACGUAUGGACUCCUGUUGUUACAGAUCCAUAUGAAUUCAGUCUUUCACAAUUGUGGGUUAUCUCUGGUUCAUUUGGCAAUGAUCUGAAUACAGUAGAAGCUGGUUGGCAGGUAAGUCCGGAGUUGUAUGGAGAUGGUUACCCAAGAUUUUUCACCUACUGGACAACUGAUGCAUACCAAACGACUGGAUGCUACAACUUACUAUGUUCAGGAUUUGUUCAAACAAACAACAGGAUCGCUAUAGGUGCAGCAAUCUCACCAAGGUCAUCUUACAAGGCCAAACAAUUUGAUAUCGGCAUCAUGAUAUGGAAGGACCCUAAACAUGGACACUGGUGGCUGCAAUUUGGAUCGGGACUACUGAUAGGGUAUUGGCCAUCGUUCUUGUUUAGUCAUCUACAAAGACAUGCAAGCAUGGUACAGUUUGGAGGAGAGAUAGUGAACACAAGAUCAAAUGGAUAUCACACUUCAACACAAAUGGGUAGUGGUCAUUUUGCAGAUGAAGGGUUUGGGAAAGCUUCAUAUUUUAGAAAUUUGAAGGUGGUUGAUUGGGACAAUAGUUUGCUUCCAUUAACAAACCUUCAUCUCUUGGCUGAUCAUCCAAAUUGCUACGAUUUAAAAGCAGGAAAGAAUAAUGUUUGGGGGAAUUAUAUUUAUUAUGGAGGUCCUGGAAGGAAUGGAAGGUGUCAAUAAAGAAAGUAACUACAUGCAAUCUCUAUGGCUUUUUCUUUCUCAUGAUUGAUUCUUUUCCUAUAUAGUAAUUUGUUGGAUAAGUUUUGAAAUUUUGUGCCUGCAUAAAUAUCAUUUUCUUUUAUAAUAGGUCAUAAUUCCACCUUCAAGCUCUUGUAUAUUAGGUGUUACAGAAUGGAUUUUAUAUAUUAUGGUUUGUCA